UCAACAUUAUCUUCUGUCCUGAAACCAACUAUAAGGAUGUCUGCCAAGUAUACUUCCACCGAAGAAACGACUAACUAUGCCCGGAUAUGUAGACUGGUCAUUGAUGUCUUCCCUGACGUCUUCAGAGAAUUACUCGUCACUCGACUACCAUCUGGACUCCCUUAUGUACUUUCCAGUCAAAAGGGUCAGAUUAUCUCCCACUUGAAUAGACAACAGAAGAAAAUGCUUUACCCCUCGGUUGGAGUGUUCCAAGGUUCUGAGAAGGAUAUGGAUGUUUCUUUACUUUAUAUCCUUCUAAGGAAUCUAGGGAACAUCACUCCUCAUGGAAAGGGUUGGGGUAAUGUUCCAGAUGCUGCAGACCGUUGUCUGUCAGCAAACAUUGAUCGUCUACGGAUACACAGAAAUGAGAUAGUGCAUGCCAACAUUGCAUAUCUUUCUAAUAGUGACUUUCGGACGAGGCGGGCCAACAUUCGUCAAAGUGUUGAGGACAUACAGAACAGCGACCUGAAGACAGGGAUGUUUGUACAAGCCGUGGAUAGUAUACUGACCAUGACCAUGGACCCAGAUGUAGAGAGGAAGUACAUAACUCUUGUUAAGAAGAUAGAAGGGGAAAUCAGUGACAUGAAAGACGAGAUGGCAACAAACUUUGAUGACCUCAAAGGCACUGUUGCUGCUGUGAGUGAUGAAGUUGGUGAUGUUAGGAAAGAAGUUACUGCUGUGAGUGAUGAAGUUGGUGAUGUUAGGAAAGACGUUGGUGCUGUGAGUGAUGAAGUUGGAGCUGUUAGGAAAGACGUUACUGCUAUGAGUGAUGGCGUUAGGAAAGACGUUACUGCUGUGAGUGAUGAAGUUGGUGAUGUUAGGAAAGAUGUUGGUGCUGUGAAGGAAGAUGUCAGUGCCCUGAAACAUUUCUCAUCGACAAUUGGAGGGGAAAUUGGUGACAUCAAAGAUCAGAUGACAACAGACAUGGAUAACCUAAGAGGCACUGUUGCUGCUGUGAAGGAAGACGUUACUGCUGUGAAGGAGGAUGUCAGCGCCAUGAAACAAUCUUCAUCCACAAAUGGAGGAAGGAAUCCUAAGUUGAGAGCUGUGAUAGAAACAACAAGAUCAACAACCAUUGAUCAAACCUCAAAACCUGAGGUGAUCUCUACACAAGCCUUGGAAGACGCUAAAGAAAUGAUCAGAAAGAAUAGCAUUGUCCUCAUCAAGGGUGCCUCAGGGGAUGGGAAGACUUUGAUGGGUUACCAACUGUUGAAGUGGCUUAUGGACGGCGAUAAUAAGGAUACCAGACUGUCAAAGGAUCCUGUCCAGCUUUACAGCAUGGCCAAAUGGGAUAAAAUUGUUGAGCCAAACACACAAUUAGCUGUAUAUAUUGAUGAUGUUAGUGGGGAAAUCGCUGAAGAUUUAAAGAAAAGGGAAGUCUCCAUUAAGUCGACAUUUUGUGGGAAACUCCAUAAUAAAUCAAAUUGUUUAAUAUUAAAUGUUCGAGAUGAAAUUUUCAAAAGCACACAAUUAUCUUCUUGUGAAUACUUCAAACAAAAUAUCAUUGAUUUGAGAGGUAAAAACUGCAUAAAAAUCGCAGAAAAAAAGCUUAUUUUAGAAAGUUAUGUCCGAGAAACUUAAAACCUUCCCUGGUGGAAAGGAAUCUGAAAU